GAUCAUCACGGUCACCAAGGCAGACUACCUGGCCAACAUCAAGCACCUGCUGGCCAAGGCAGAGGCAGAACGGACCUUCAUUGGUUAUGAUCAUGCCAAGCUGCGGCCUCACAAGAAGCAGAUGCUGACGGACCUCUUCAAUGCCCUGGGCUGGAACACAGGCCGCAUGAGGACCACUGCCUUCGACGCCGCUGAUGCCUGGUGGCUGGACGAUGCUGAGGAGGAGCCUGCCCCUGCCCCCCAGCCAGAGCCUGCAGCGCCUCAGUACUCUCUGGACCACAUCAAGGGUGUGCCAGCCAUGAAGGCCCUCUUCCUGGCCAUCAGACGGGAGCUCCCUUGCUGGAACUGCCCUGACCCUGGAUACACCUACAUCUGGGACGGCCACGUCAAGCAGUUCAGGCUCAAGUGCACCCAGUGUGGCUUCAAGCUGAACCAGGGCCAGGCUAGGGAGUUCAUCCUCCACAUGGUGGCGGCAGAUGAGCUGCUCCUCCCAGAGGAGUUCCAGCCAGCAGAGGCGCCUCGGUUGCCCACCCCGCCGGCAGAGAUGGCGCUGGCAGAGAGGCUGCCCACUCCAGAGGCGCCAGAGGCCACCACCACCAUGCAGCUGCGCUCCAGGACCCUCAGGCAGCGGUCUCCCAGCUUUGAGAUGGUCCUGCAGUUGGAGCUGCCCUUCACGCCAAUGCUGGACUGCUACUAUCCGCUGAGGCCCAUGGUGGAGGUGUCAGGACUGCAAGGCGUCAAGCAGUCCACUGGUAUUGCCAAGGAUGGCAACUGCCUGUUCAGGGCCAUGGCCCAGCACCUCUAUGGUGCGCAGGACAGGCACAUGGAGGUCAGGGCCAAGACAGUGGCCCACCUCCUGGGCAAGCCACACUUGGUGGCUGCCUACGCAGCGGAGGGAUCGGGACAUCUGGGGGCCACCACUUGGCUCACUCAGAUGGCCAAGAUGGGCACCUGGGGGGAUGAGCUGGCCAUCCUGGGGCUGGCAGAGGCCUAUGACACCCCCCUCUGGGUGUACUCUGACCAGCAUGCUCAGCCAUACCUCCAUCAUAUUGUCUGA